GCUUCAGUGAAUAGAGUUCAGAAGAACAACUUGGUCUCUGUACACAAGCAGAAGCUAUUGAGUGAGCCCAGCCGAGGAAGUACACUUUAGGAGCGAUCGAGACAAAAGACACACUCCAAAACAAUCCUGUGGACAUCUCUCAAACGGGAUCUCAUGCGUGGGGUGCUGCACGGCAACGAAAUGCAUCAAGAGAUUUAAAGACAUCGAUUUUCUUACAUUGGAAUUGUCCUUUUUACAAGCGAAUCUUUUUAACAUUUUUUAAAAUCUUUUGGAUAUUUUAAUUUACCCAUUCUUUGUGCCGUUUUAUCGCUACCAUGAUGCUUUAAAGCGUAUGUGCCGCUGGGGAUAUGUCUGACGCGUUCAGAGAGCAAACGCCGGCCAUCGACUCGGCCUCCUUAUCGGAGACGCAGGGACGCGGAGAGAGCGCAGCCGGCAGAGACUCGCGCUCCGAGCACUUUCCCUUCCCGCAGCCGAGCGAUGGGGACCCGUUAAGGGGAGGGAUUUCCAUGUCAAAUAGUCCUCUUGGUUACCAGUUGAGGUCACCGAUGUCCCGAACCUUCUCCAGGUCGUCUAGUGGCUAUUUUUCCGUCGACAGCGAUUCUGUGCCAAGUUCCCCUCUAAUGCCCAAUAUUUCCGAAGCGCAAGGCAGCCAAAAUGAUGAAGUAUGGUUUGCCGACAUUAGCCACCAGCACGGGCAGAUGGCAGCACCUGUAGCCAUGCGACACGAAGAGAUACUGGUCGCUCGGGAGCUGCGACGCAUCGGGGACGAUUUCAACCGCCUGUACUUUCAUGAGGCAGGUGCGGGCAACAACAACGCCGCUCGGAACGAGCACGUCAUCAUCGUCUGGAUGAACGACUUCAUCGGACAGCUAAUGCAGAUUUUCCUGCGAAGGCGAUGAUUGACACAUUCAACACCCAGUAGACAUGUAGCAACAAACCAACCCCCCCUCCCCUCCGACUGUAUAUAUGUACAUAAUAAGGGAAAACAGCAGUGCUGCUCUUCGAAACCUCUCCGGGUGUACCACGGUUUGGACCUGUCGACCCUCCCUAGGUCAACUCACAGCGAGUUUCCUGCGUUCAUGUGGAAAGCUGAGCCAUUAGAUGCUGUGUUCACAUGACUGACGUCGGCUCUUAUCGACGAACCCUGAAGAGUGUGGAAAACGUGCCUUCAUUGUCUGUUCGCCCCGUCACGUCUUUCGUUUUUGUCUUUUAUCGUUUCCCAUCUGUGCGUUUCUUCGCUCGCUUUACUUUAUAUUUAUUUUCACUGUAUUUAAGUUGUAAGUUUUGUGUAUAUUUUCAUGAUCGUGGACGUUAGUCGGUCGAGCGGUGAAGUUAGUAGUUCUGCCUGUCCCAGUUUGCACUUGCGUAGUCUGUACACAUCAUAUGAAAUAAAUCAUCCCAUUACAGAGGUCAGACAUAAUCACAUCUGUGAUUGAAGACAUGUGUAGGAAUUUAAACAACAUGUUAUCACAAACUAUUUGCGUGAUGAAUUUACCUUCUUUUGCCAAUCUUUCAUAGAUUUUCACAUUGGCUUCCAAACCAGACACAGAUCUGCACUGGUUUCGUGUUUUUUCUUAGUUUGAAGGCAACUGAAGGAAGGUCCUUUCACACGACUCGACGAGCAGGUGAACUGCGGUUGUGGCUUGAAUUGAUACAGCGACAGCCGGAAGUGAUGCAAAAUCUCGCCUUAAAAUUACAAUAAAUUAAACUAGCUAACGCCUACACCUACCCUAAACCUAACCUUACCAUAAUAAUAAAUAGUAAUUAACUGUUGUCAGCGUGACAUAAAUUAUGCGGUAUUGAAGUGCGCAUGCCCAGUGGAGGUAGCUGUAUUCCUUCUAGCAACAACCGUGAACUGCUCGACGCCACAGCGUCACCUCAGCGCACUGAGCGCAAUAUAGAACGUGAAGCUUAGCUCGUGAAUAUUAAUUACAUGUCACGUCUGUCCAUCUUAUCUCCCUUACCAAAAGCAAGCGGAAAUCGUUUACUAGGCGCUGGAGUUGAGGUGUGUUCGACAAAGUGCGCCGCUGCUCAAACCGUUCGGUUUAUGAUCCCAAAGUAUCGCGAGAGCGUUUGAAUAGCUGCACUUUUGUCUCGCUCUCGCGAUUCUUUGGUUUCAGUCUGCGCAGUGCUUCCGCUGGGUCUUAAAGCCGCCAUCUACGUCACCGCCUUCAAUUAUCUGCGUUUUUAUGCAACCAAGCGAAUUGAAAGUCGGAAAAUAUGAUUCAUAUUUUGCAUAAACGUUCCGAGUACUAAAGUUUCUGCCUUUGACAUGUCUCACACUUUAUUAACCAUGUUUUUAUUAUAGUAAAAAUGUAGAAACCAUGUUUUUGGCAGAUUUGUCACCAUUUCUAUUAUGAUGACCAUAGUUUUACUACAAACACCAUGUUUAAAUGGUUACUGUACUAAGGCAAUGGUAAAUUUGUGGUUAUUAACUAUGGUUUUACCAUAAAUACCAUGGUUAAACCAUAUUUACUGUAGUAAAGCCAUGGUUACUUUUCAUAAGGUAUGUUUCUGUGUGAGCUGUGUCAUAAUAAUAAUAAGACUUUUAUCUGUUCUCAGAUACAUUAACUUUGUACAAAUGCUUUAUUCUUUUGUAAAAUCACCCUUUAUUGUGACACUAUAUCUACAUGCACUUGAGGCCUGCUGAGAGCCGUGUUGAAGCCUGCAUCGUGUCGUGUGAAAGGUCUUCAGAAAGGUCUUGAGGAACAACAACAACUUAAGAAUUCAAUGUGAAGACAUUAUUUUACACAGAGAACAAUUAAUCAAAUGAAAUGGGACAGGCAAAGGUAGUAAGUUCAUGUAAUCACUGUUGACAUUUUGUUACUUUGGACACAUUGUACACAUUCCAGAUUAGAUCUUUUGGUUUGUUGAAAUGUUUUUAUUUGGAUUGUUUCCUUAUUAGGGAUGAGAAAUAAGAACAAACGUGACAUUUUGGGGAUACGAUUCAUAAUUCCAUUAAUGUUCCAGCUGCAUGUUCUUUGGCCUAGGUUUGUUCGUCAAGAUUAAUUAGAUUUUAUAAUUUAGUUGCUGUUGUAGACAGUUUUUUCCAGAAUAGCUCAAAAGGAACUUCCAAAUGGUUUUAAGUGCCUUGCCCAAGGGCCCUAAGGAAAAUCAGGAUUUUAUAUUCAGAAACUCUGGUUAGCACAUUUUUAUGACAAUGAAUUCAACCCCCUUGCCUAUAUCCACUUGUGUAGGUGGUGUUAAGGACCAUUAGCACACAUUGCAACCACUGUUUAACACCAGCCGUACACAAAUCUCAAAAAAGUUUCCUUCAACAGGCCUCAGGGACCGUAGGAAAAUACCUGUGGAGAUUUCUUGAACAAACCCGUCUUCCAAACGUACUUCAGCUCAUAGCAUCUCACUUUGUGACUUUUCCUGUUUUUAUUACCGUUAAACUCAGUAUUUCAUUACUCGAUGCACAGGGCUCAGGAUGAGCCGUCAAGUAUGUUGGUUUAGAAAUGUCACGUUUAUGAGUAGCGAAGACUCAAGUAAAUAAAGACUGAUGUAUUGACCAUCUACCGUGAACGGUAUUGCUAAAUAUUUAGAAAAUCAAAAUUUAGAUAAAACGGUGUGUGUGUGUAAGGAUUUGUCAGUUUGACGAAAGGCCCUGUGAUAUAAUAGUGUGUGUUUUUAUAUGUAUAUCACUUACAAUGUUUCACUUUGCCAAAAUGAUGGUUGUUUUGGUUUGUCUUAACGUUGCAAGUUUACCACUUGUCACCACCAAAGACCUCAUGUUUCAAUACUGUUGGUAUCGUACAUGCAUUGAUCUCAUCUCCCAUGUGUUCGGACGCUUUCCAACAGCGUUCUCAUUCUGUACCCCUGUGAUUCCCGAACAAACCUUUUUUCUGAGGGAAACCAUGAAUUUCAGGCCAACCUGCGUAUUUCUCACUGGACCUCUGACUGAAUCUCUUCAGUUUAGUUGCACUGAACGUCCGCUUUACCCGACCUGACGCCACCCAGGACCCAGUACAUUUGUAGCAGAUUGACAAUUUUUGUUUGUUUGUUUGUUUGACGUUAAAUGCAUCUUUUUGUAUUUUGCACUGAAAUAUUUCCGUGCUAAUUUGUGCAAUACUGCUGUAAAUAAAGACGCUUUUUUCAA